CCAUUCAGUCGGUGUAGUGACAUUUUCAAUCAGAUUUUUAUCGGGACAAGACGCGUUUCGAAAUGUGCCUGCAGUGUUUUAUGAACGCGUUAAUUCGGUUCGAUUCGAUUCAUAGUUUCAAGUGAUUUCUUUGAUUUUAUUAAUUAAAAUAUUGUUGUCGAGUAUCGUGUGUUUGUGUGUGACUGUUCGGCUCGUAACAUUUAUCCUGUUUUCCCAGAGUUCCAUCAUUUCGUUGCGUGUUUUUUUUUGUUCCGCUGAUUUGUCAGGGUAAAUACGGUGAAUAUCUGUGUAAUCAACAAAUGUGCGUGAAUUUACACAAAAAAUAAAUUGUGCUCAGGAACGACAACACAUUACAUUUCCUUGUGGUGCAUCUGUGUUUAACUUGUCGGUGUUUACAUAUUUUUUUUGUCCUAACAAAGCACGGUGAACGAUUCCAAUUAUGUAGAAGUGAUUGUGUGUGAACAGGCAAUCUUUUGUGAUUGAAAAAUGAAUGAACGCAAAAUGAUGCAGUUCCUUUAGAAAUAUUCGCACGAAAUGGCCUCAGGGGCUUGUUUUAAGGACAUUAAAUUUACGGCUGGAUAUUUGGGAUUAAUCUGUUUGCUGGUACUACUACAACUGCAGAACGUUUCGUGUGCCAGUACCUCUCAACAAUCGCCCGCAUCUCUACUCUUCACCACAUACAAUGACAUACGACUAGCGAAUGUUUACCAGCAAAAUGGUCCACCUUCCAUUGAAGUUCUGGUCAAAGAUUUGUCCGAAGGAUCGGCGCUCGAUUUCUACUACGAAAAGCAGCUCGUUUGUUGGACCGACCAAGGAUUGGAAACCAUUGAAUGCAUGAAACUGGGCAACGGCACAACGACGGGGAAAAAGUACAGUGUCGUGUCGUCCGGGCUGGAUAAGCCCGAAGGAUUGGCCAUCGACUGGUAUACGGACAAGAUAUAUUGGACCGAUGGCGAAACUGAUCGAAUUGAAGUGGCAUCGCUGAAUGGGAAGUACCAAAAAGUUUUGUUUUGGUCGGAUUUGGAUCAGCCGAGGGCGAUCGCAUUAGUUCCUGGCAAAAAAUUGAUGAUUUGGAGCGACUGGGGUGAAAACCCGAAAAUUGAACGGGCUAGCAUGGACGGAGAUCCAUCAACGCGAAUUGUUCUGGUUAAGGAGAAUAUUUUCUGGCCGAACGGAUUGACGAUCGACAUGGAAAAUAAUUUAAUUUAUUGGGUGGACGGACAUCACCAAUUUCUGGAUGUGAUGAAUUUGGAUGGAAGUAACAGAAGGUCGGUAUUGACGGGUGUCACAUAUCCGUACAGCGUGACGCUGCUACAGAAUCGCCUGUUCUGGACGGAUUGGCAUGUGGGGUCGAUACACACGUACGAUUUGAUAACGAACGAAACGAAAGAACUGAUCGAUACGCCAGAAGUGCCAUUAGCCGUCCAUGCUUGGGAUCAUCGACUGCAACCAGCUGGAGACAAUCCUUGUAAAUACAACAACGGAAAUUGUUCCCAUUUGUGCCUUCUAUCCACGAACUCGUUGGGUUACAGUUGCGCGUGUCCAACGGGUGUUAAAUUGGAAACAUCAACGAGAUGUGCCGAUGGACCGCAAGAUAUGUUGUUUUUAGUUCAGCGAACCCAAAUCAGUCGAAUAUCACUGGACACACCGGAUCACACCAGUUUCCCGUUGCUGUUGGAGAAGGUGAAAUACGCCAUUGCCAUUGACUACGACCCAGUUGACGGAUAUGUGUAUUGGUCCGACGAGGAUGCGCACGCGAUUCGACGAGCUCGACAAGAUGGAUCCGACCAAGUGGAUAUCGUUUCGCUGGAAGUGUCGCAUCCGGACGGCAUAGCAAUCGAUUGGUAUGCACGGAAUUUGUAUUGGACGGAUACCGGCACCGAUCGCAUUGAAGUGUGUCGACUUGAUGGCACCUCGCGUAAGGCCAUCAUUAACGAACAUCUCGAUGAACCGCGAGCGAUUGCAUUAGCACCGCCACUCGGGUGGAUGUUUUGGUCGGAUUGGAAUGCAAAAAAUCCGAAAGUCGAACGAGCUUCAUUAGAUGGUUCGGAACGAAUAGUUCUCGUGUCGGAUGGGUUAGGUUGGCCGAAUGGUAUUGCCGUUGAUGUUGAGGCAAAGAAGUUUUACUGGUGCGAUGCGAAAACGGAUAAGAUUGAAGUGGCCAACAUGGAUGGAUCGGAUCGUCGAGUUCUGUUGAAUCAUAAUUUGCCGCACGUUUUCGGAUUGAGUCUGCUUGGGGACUACAUAUACUGGACGGAUUGGCAGCGACGGUCCAUUGAUCGGGCACAUAAAAUUACCGGCAACGAUCGGAUUGUCGUGGUCGAUCAAUUUCCCGAUUUGAUGGGACUGAAAGUGACUCGAACGAAAGAGAUUCAGGGAGCCAGUCCGUGUGCUGUGAGGAAUGGCGAUUGCUCGCAUUUAUGUUUGAAACGGCCCAAGGACUACGUGUGCACAUGUCCGAUUUACUAUGAAUUGGCCAAGGAUCGUAAGACGUGUUUCAUACCGACUGCGUUUCUGAUUUUCUCUAAAUUGGACAGCAUUGGCAAAAUAUCGAUUGAAUUCAACGAAGGCACCCACAACGACUACAAGAUACCGUUCAAGGAUUUGCGAGACGCGCACCGACAAUUGGAUGUUGAUGUGGAAGACCGUCGUAUCUACUUUACUGACAUGAAGUCUCGGUCAAUUUCGCGUGCUUUCAUCAAUGGUUCCGAUGUCCAGAAAAUCGUCGAUUCCGGACUGAUUCGACCGGAAGGCAUCGCUGUUGACUGGUUGGGACACAAUAUUUACUGGGCGGACUCUGAAGCCCGACGAAUCGAAGUUGCACGACUGGACGGCACCAGUCGCAAAGUUUUGUUAUUCAAAGGUAUCGACGAGCCGAAAUGCUUGGUGUUGGAACCGCGAAAAGGUUACAUGUAUUGGUCAGAAUGGCCAACCAAUUCCAUCCGUCGGGCUGCGCUAGACGGAACAGACGUAACGACAAUGAUCUCACCGGCAAAUCAUCCGUCCGGCCUAACGCAAGACCCGGAAACUAGACGUCUCUAUUGGGCAUCGCAAAGUCAUCCGAAAGCGAUUGAAUCAGCUGACUGGGACGGUAAAAAUCGACAAGUUCUGGUGAGGAAUGAUAAAGAGGAACCGUAUGCUGUCACGCUGUAUCAGGACCAUGUUUAUUGGAGUGACUGGUCAACGGGCGACAUCGAACGAGUGAAUAAAUACACCGGCGAAAAUCGAACGCUGGUGCACAGUGACUUAGCGUACACAAGCUCGUUGCUGGUGUUCCAUUCGGCUCGGCAAACCGGUGACAAUUUGUGUCGCAACAACAACGGAGGCUGUUCGCAUUUGUGUCUUGCAUUGCCGGCUAAGCGAGGCGGUAUGACGUGUGCCUGUCCGACACACUAUGCAUUAAGGGAGGACGGCUCAUGCGUCCCACCGAAAAAUUAUCUCGUCUUCAGUCAGAAGAAUUCGUUCGGUCGAUUGAUGCCGAACACAAGCGAUGCACCCGACGCUCCAUUCUCGGUGAACGGGAAGAAUAUUCGUGCGGUGGAAUUUGAUCCGAUCGAUCAUUACUUCUAUUGGAUCGAGGGUGGCAAGGGACACACUAUCAGAAAAGCGCCAGACAAUGGAACUCGUGCUAGUGAGGUGGUUGUUCCUGCUAGUAUUGGCGUGUCACAGCCAUUCGAUAUUGCCGUUGACUUUGUUGGACGAUUGUUGUUCUGGUCUUGCUCGCACAUGAAUAGCAUCAAUGUGACCAGCUUAAAUGGCGAUCCGGUUGGGCAUGUGGAAAUUGGCGAUUCUGAGAAACCUCGCAGUGUCGCCAUUCAUCCGAUGAAACGGUUGAUAUUUUGGACGGAUGUUGGUAGCAAACAGGCCAUAUUCCGGGCCAGGAUCGAUGGUGCUGAACGAAUCACAUUGGCCGAAAAGUUGGACGGUGUAUCGGCGAUGACGAUCGAUGCGCAACAGGAUCUGGUGUUUUUCGCGCACGGAAAGAUCAUCGACAUGAUGAAGAUUGAUGGGCAGAAUAAAAAAACUCUGGUUUCCACCGACAUCAGUCAAGUGAUUUCCAUAGCGGCUCUGCAGGGUUACAUCUACUGGCUGGACGAAAAAACCGAAAAAACGGGAGUGGAACGCAUAGCUAUUAGUGGCGACGGACGUAAGCCAGAGAUUCAACGUUUGCGCAACAUAACAGACAUCGUGGCCGUAUGGACACCGAAUGCAACAACCCUGAAGAAUCACACCUGCUCCCAGGGCAAGUCGAAAUGUUCCCACUUCUGUGUUGCAUCGAACUACGGCAAAACGACGGAAGUGUGUUCCUGUCCACCCGGCUUGAUGUUAGUUGACCAAGUGAACUGUGGAGCGUUGCCACUCUGUGGUCCGGACCAUUUCACGUGCGCAUCGCCCGACAACAAGGAUUGCAUUCCAGUUUCUUGGCGCUGUGACGGACAAAACGACUGUCCCGAUAAGUCUGACGAAAUGGGUUGUCCGAAGUGUCGACCGGAACAAUUCAAAUGCCAAUCUGGAGAGUGCAUCGACCGUAGUUUAGUGUGUGACGGUACAACUAACUGUGUUGAUGGCUUUGACGAAGCCGAUUGUUGUGCUAGCAUCGAAGAUUUCCAGUGUCCCAUCAAUAAGGUGUGCAUAUCACAGUCGCUACUGUGUGACGGCUGGGAACAGUGUGCUGAUGGAGCCGACGAAUCGCCGGAAAACUGUAACAUUGCCAUCAAUCGUCGCACAUCGCCGACAUCCGACAAGGAGAUUUUCAUCUACGCCAGUGUGGGGAUAAUGAUAGUCAUCUUCGUCGGUGUGUACGUUUACAAUGCACGACGAUCGAAAAUUUGCCGAUCAAAAUUAUCGAGCAAUUCGAACGAACCGAAAGACGACCAGUCAGCCGAUCCACUCUCGCCGAACCUUCACAAGAACAUCCGAGUUUUAAAAAUUGCAUCCGAUGCUGUCCGAAUGUCAACAUUAAACAGUCGUACCAGUGCGAACAGCUACGAUCGCAAUCACAUCACCGGCGCGUCUAGUUCAACAACGAACGGCAGCAGUCUGAUCGGCUAUCCACCGAUCAAUCCACCACCUAGUCCAGCCACAACGGCCACAUCGACCCGAUGCAACAGUUACCGUCCAUACCGUCACUACAAAGUCAUCAAUCAACCGCCACCGCCGACACCGUGCACAUCCGAUCUGACCGAUGUGUGCGACGAAAGUGACUCCAAUUACACGCCGAAAAGUAAUGGCAAAAGUCGGUAUCGCUACGAACGCGAACCGUAUCCGCCACCGCCAACGCCCGGUUCACAUUAUCAUAGUGAUAUCGGCAAUAUAUUGCCGGAAAGUUGUCCGCCCAGUCCUAGUUCGCGAAGUUCAACGUAUUUUUCGCCACUACCACCACCUCCAUCACCAGUGCCAACAUCAUCCCGAUGCUAUUCGUAGUCUUCCACCGACGGCAAUGUCAUCUAAUGUUUCUAUCUGUUGUCGACAGAAAAUGAAUAGCCUUGCACUGUCGUGAUAUUGCACUUGAUACACGAUUAAACCAAAUGAAGUAAUAGAUUUUGUGCGACAAUAUGAUGGUGAAGGGAUUCGAUGACAUACUGACCGUCUGUGAAAGAACAACGACCUGUAAUCUCGCAGCAAAAUGAAUGAAAUAAGUGCGAGCGAGGAUACAAUUUUAGUGUAAGUUUACUCCCUGUUGUUGAUUUGAUCCAACUGUUGCCAUUUUUAACUUUUCAACGAAUUUUUUUGGGAAGCGGUGAAGCCAGAGGUCAGAAAUCUUGCAAGUAUUCUCCCUUGCACAUGAAAUUGGUUUCCAAAUAUUUGUGUUACAUCAAAUUUAGUGCUGUCAAAUAAAAAGUGUUGUCCCAAAAGUUGGAAAAAUCCAAGAAUGUCUCCUAGCAUUUAUAGGCUGCCAUGCAAGAUUUCUUACCCAUGGAUGAAAUGGUCAGGCAUUUAUCUCUGAUAAGCUCUGACUUGUAAAUUGUUUUACGCAGUGCCUGUAAUUUUCGCCAAUUUCCACGAUUUUUUACGAUCUCUGGCGAAUUUUAACGAAAUUCGAAAAUCUCGAAAAUUCAUGAAAAUUCGCGAAGGAUCGCGAAAAAUCAAAAAAUUGACGAAAAAUGUUGAAAAUUGACCGGAUAAGGCGAUACAUUCAACAAAAUAAGUAUAGGAAAUCGAAUGAAAAUGUCGCCAUAUUUCGAAGGUUAACAGACACAUUUCGAAGAGAGGUGCGGGAAAAUAGAAAAAGUAAGAAAAUAUGCAGUUUUACGUGCUUUCUCGCUAAUAGCUACUUUUGUACAAACUUAAUUUUCCAAAAAUUUAAAAUUCGAAUAACUACCUUUCAUUUGACAUAUCACACACGAUUUUGAAAGGCAAAACUCGAUUUUCCAUGUGCCACAAAUCUAAGAAUGUUUGUAAUAUCCUCAGACCUUUAACGCGUACGUCACUACAGUCAUGAAACGCUCUUUGAGAGAAAUACUUUUCAUUCCAUCGCCUUAUCAUGCUAAAAAACUGAAAAACUUAUAACGAACAGCACCAGCAUGAGUCACAAGUCGUUAAUCAACAACAAUCAGAAAUGUUUCGUAUUAUGUUCUGACACAAUCACCCUCUUCUACAAACAUUUUGCAGUGGAAGCAUCUCUCUCUUCUUCAAAUACUUUGUACAGUGAAGCAUCACUAUAUUUCACAAGCGAUGCGUAAAAGGAAGCAUUACUGUCUUCUUCACAGUGCUUGUAAAAGAUGUGAUGCUUCCGUUUACAAAAUGUUUGUAGUAGAGGGCGAUACUUCCUUUCAAAACAUAAUGCGUUGGCUUUAUAAAUAAAAAGUGCGAAUAGCCAAAUAAAGACCUUUUUAGCCCCGUACGAAGUACAAAGGGGC